CACUACUUAGGUGAGGUCUAUAUCUAAUAGUAGACCGAAUGGCAGAAGUGGUUUAUGAUGAAGAUGAAUGUCAGCAACCUCAUCCAUUUCACUUGUCGAGCGCUGUAUACACACUAAUACACACUACACAGCCCUUGUGUCUGUCCCACCUCUAGCACACUAUAUACACAAAACUCUGGCAGCUAAUGAUUUGACUUUGAAGUUCAAUUAUGAUUCUUAUUUCAACUUUACAUACACAAUUGUCAUCCUUCACUUUUGACCGUGUACAUUUGGGUAACAUUUUUUUUUAAAUUCCUAUUUAUUUAUAACGUUAAAAAUAUUAGAAAACACCAUAUUUGUAACAGUGAUGAGAAUAAUAGAAGUAAAUUAGUUUAGGAUUAUUGAUCUCCGAUGUCGGGAGAUCCAUUCGACUAUAUUCGAUGGAGUGUCAGUCGAGCGAUAGUAAAAAAAUUGUCAAAGUAUUUGACGCGUCGAAACGGAAGCGAACUAGGAAAAAACGUGACGGGCUCGACGAUACCAACUCCGUAGUGACUGACGACUCUACUAGCGGUUGUCACGCCAACGUUAACGGCUGUCGAGUGCCAUCUACGAAAGCUAGUUUACAAGAAAUAUCUACUGUGCAGACUAUAUGUGGCCAGCAAGAUACUACUUUGACAAAAAGGGAAAGGGAUAGUAGUGCGUCUAUGACGCGGUCUCCGGUCGAGAUGCAUCGGACGUCGCGGUCUCCCCGACGACAUCGCCGGUCGGCGAGAGAGGGCCUGUCAUUGGCUCUGAAGGCUGGUCUGGUCUCCACUCCUCGAUCGAUGUCCCCACGUCAGGAAGGUGACGGUGUUGGCGAAACCCACCAACCAGACCAGGAUUCCAUUAUAUACGCUUUUCUAGAAGAAGCCAUUAAAAGGGAUAAGAAGAAACAGCGUCACGCGCGGCGGCGUGAGGAGCGACGCAUUAGUCGCGAGGACGACCGCGAGGCGUCCCCGCAGCGCGACCGACACCGGCAUCACCACCGGCACCGGGACGAGGUGCCAGUCAGGGAACACGCCAAGAUACAUAAAGACAUGUCUCCCGCUACAGCGAUAGAUCAAACGCUUUUGUUUGAGACCUUCGCUAAACUUUGCGCACAAAUGAAUGAUAAAAAUACACACGGUUACCAAGUGCCUCGUACUCAUAGCAACAAAUCUUUACAAUAUGAAGUCCUUACGAAGCGGGACGCGUAUGACGUCGACCGACAUCCAGUUAGGUUAAGAAGUCGCUCGAAGCCGCGAGACGUAACGACUGUAUCCAAAAUACGCAGCCAGGAGAAUUUCGCCAGCAAAGUGCGCAGUCACGAGAAACUAGGAACGGAAGGGGACCGCGGCAGACAUGAUAAGUGCAUGUGUUAUUAUGAUAAGGAUGGCCCCAAGUAUCCAAGUAAGCUGGACAUGACUAGGUCCAGAAUGCGGAACGCUGAAGACGAGCGGUACCGCGAGUACCCGCCAGUCCAUGUGCCCACGAGGAGCUGUAUAGACCCGUACCGAACGAGACCGCCGGACGGCCGGGAAUACCGAGACUACGACAGGGAGAUUAAAGGGAAACAUUAUGAGGAGGAUAAACGGAGGUGUUUCGAACAAAAGACAAGCAGGAGCUUCGACAUCCACAGAGAAGGCUACGAGGACGACACGCGCUGCCGGAGAACCGCGCGCAGCGACACGCACAAGGACAGGCGGUACGAGGACCGCGACAAGCGGUAUGAGGAGGUCUCGAAAUACUACGACGAGAAACAUAUGGAGCCCCGGGAUCGGGAACGAAACAACUUAGCGAACAAAGAGAGGCGGUGGAGGCGGAAUGUGGAGAGGUUCGAGAGGACCUCGGUAGCGUCCCGGGAGGACGACUACAGGGAGAGGGACCGAGAGCGGGAGCGGGACAGGGAGCGAGAGCGGGAGCGAGACCGGUACUCCGAGAGGGAGAGGGACUCGGGCCUCAGCGUCGCCGACGGGGAAACAAGCACUGUCAGCGGAAGGAGUAACUACUUGAAAGUUGUGAAGCAAGAAAUAGCUGAACAACGCGAAGCGAUGGACAAAAUGAUGAAGCUUUGGAAAGAAUUGAUGCGUUGUUUCAAAGGGAUCUCGCAGACGCAAGUCCAGGAUAAAAACAUCCGAGAGUCGGCAGCUAACGUCCGAGAGUCAGCGGCGGCGCAGCUGCGUCUGUGGCGCGAGUGCAUGCGCCGGUACGAGACCGUCGCCAGGGACGUCGGAGAUACCGACGCGAGGCUCAUGGAAGAAAUAAAGAAGCAGCGCUCUGAGAUGGCGGAGAUGGCGAACAUGUGGCAGGAGUGCCUGCAGCGGUACCGGGAUAUGAGCAACGACUUCAACAGCCUCAAGCAACAGCUGGUGACCCCCGAGAGCCCGACGCGGCUGCCGGCGCCGCCGCUGGUGUGCGCGGAGGGCGAGGGCUCCGUGCCCGCGCCGCCCUACCGCCUGCCGCCUAACUACCCGCCGCCGCACUUGGCGGGCAUGCCGGGCUACCACCCGGGCCACCCGGGACACGCGUCGCACCCGACGCACGCGGGGUCGCCGCUGCGCGGGCGCGCGUCCGCCCCCCCCGCCUGGUGGUGGGUGCCCGAGGCGGCCGCGCGCUCGCCGCGCCGCCGCUCCUCGCCGGACUCGCGCGCCUCCCGUGACAGAGACCGCAGGCAUCGCCACAAGGAUAGAGACGAUACACGGUAUAAGGAAAAGUCUUCGAAGCCUUCUGCUGCGCGUUCAGAGCACAGACACAGGAAAAGAUGAGGAAGCCGCUAUGUAUUGUAAAUUAUUCGUAAAACACUCAUUUAGUAAUGACUUCCAUCUAUACGUGUAAUUGACGUAAAUUCACUCUUAGUUAGUUAUUCUCACAUAAGUAAAAAAUGUAUAUCUACAAAUUUGUGCGGUGUUUGGUAAAAUUGUAUUGUAAUGUUGAUUUUUUUAUAAGAAUGUAUAUAUCAAGUGAUUUUUGACUGUUGUUUCCAAUUGCAUAGAAAUAAAAGACUGCUGUAGUUUCGUACGACACUUUUUAUGUAAUAUUUCAACCAAUCAUAAAAUUUGAAUGAAACAAAAAUAUUAAAAAGUCUUUUGAAAUCCA